ACACACACACAGCCUUUUGUUCUGCAAAUCACCCUGGGGUGUGUGUGUGUGUGUGUAUGUGUGUGUGUGUGCGCGCGCGCGCGCGUUGGGGACAUCCAGCGGCGCGUUGGCUGCUCUGUGUGUACAGCAGUGUGCAGGAGUGUUGAUUGGCGGUGCGCAGGCGCUCUGAAGCUCAGCUGGGAGCUGUGGAAAGUUGAGCAUUGCAGGAGCGCGCGGUCUCCAGCAGUGGCGGAUCGGAUGUUCCUGAAGUUCAGCACAUCAGCUGUUGCUCUGUGUGUGAUGGUGCCGUGAGAUCAGUCCGAUCUGGCCCUGGUCAGCCCGCUUCGGUCCGGGUCAGAUCAGCCUCCCACCGGCAGCAUGGCAUCCGGAGCUGAGCUCGCGCUCUCGGCUCUCCGCGUCGUGCUGAUGCUCGCGGUCUGCUCGGGUGACAGUCUGUCUAACGAAGCAAAUCCAACCAAUCAGCUGGGGCCUUUGGGUAAAGUGGAACACUAUGGCGCUACAGAACCAUGGCUUCUUGUUGGUGGGCAGAAAAGACCAAUCAGCCUUUUGCAAUCAAUGGGACACCCUGCAUCACUGAGGCUCCAGAUUGAGGCGGAAGGCAAACAGCUGCUGCUCAUUCUGCAGAAAAAUGAGGGGCUUUUUGCCACUCACUACACAGAAACACACUACCUGGAUGGAGGGAAGCCCGUCACUACCUCACCCAGCUCCAGAGUGAACUGUUACUACCAUGGAGAGGUGAAGGGCUAUCCACACUCCAAUGUCAUCCUCAGUACCUGCACAGGACUCAGAGGGCUGAUCACCCUUAAUGAUAAAGUGUUGGUGCUGGAGCCAGCACAGAAGCCCAACAGCACUCUGCAUCAUAUCUUUAGAGGAGAGCACCUCAAGGGACUGAAGCAAGGGACAUGUGGACAUGGACACAAUGUCUCCUACACUGCAGGACUCUCAGACACUACAGGGAGCUUCUUCAGCUCACAUGGCAACAGGUACAAGAGACAAGCCCAGAGCAGCACUAAAUAUGUUGAACUGAUCAUUGUAGCAGACAACCGAGAGUAUCAGAAACAGGGCAAGGAUCUGGAGAAAGUGAAACAGAGGCUGGCUGAGAUCGCCAACUAUGUGGACAAGUUCUACAGAGCACUGAAUAUCCGUGUGGCCCUGGUAGGCUUGGAGGUGUGGAGUGACUCAGACAAAUGCCCUGUCUCUCAGGACCCAUUCACCACACUGCAUGAGUUCCUGGACUGGCGGAAACUCAAGCUUUUACCACAGAGACCACAUGAUAAUGCCCAGCUUAUCAGUGGGGUGUAUUUUCAGGGCACCACCAUUGGCAUGGCUCCCAUCAUGAGCAUGUGUACAGCUGAGCAGUCAGGGGGCAUCGUCAUGGACCACUCUGAUAACCCCCUUGGAGCUGCAGUUACUUUGGCUCAUGAGCUGGGACACAACUUUGGAAUGAACCAUGACACACCGGAGCGGGGGUGUGGAUGCAGGGUGACAGCAGACAGAGGCGGCUGCAUCAUGACUCCUUCAACUGGGUACCCCUUCCCCACCGUGUUCAGUUCAUGCAGUAAGAAAGACCUGUUGGUGAGUUUGGAUAAGGGAGUGGGUAUGUGUCUCUUCAACAUGCCUGAGGUGAAGGUGCUCUACGGAGGGCAGAAGUGUGGCAAUGGAUAUGUAGAAGAGGGGGAAGAGUGUGACUGUGGAGAUCUCGAGGAAUGUAUGAACCCGUGCUGUAAUGCCAGUACAUGCACUCUGAAGUUCAAUGCAGUGUGUGCACAUGGCCAGUGUUGUGAAGACUGUCAGUUGAAGCCUGCAGGUACACAGUGCAGAGAGUCCACUAACUCAUGUGAUCUGCCGGAGUUUUGCACAGGUUCUGACCCUCACUGUCCCUCUAACGUCUACCUGCACGAUGGUCACAUGUGUCACGGUGUGGACGGACACUGCUACAAUGGCAUCUGCCAAACACAUGAACAGCAGUGCAUCACACUCUGGGGUCAAGGUGCAAAGCCAGCUCCGGGCAUCUGUUUUGAGAGGGUGAACUCAGCAGGAGACCCAUAUGGCAACUGUGGAAAAGACUCCAAGGGCUCAUUCGCUAAAUGUGAAGCACAAGAUGCUAAAUGUGGGAAGAUCCAGUGUCAGGGCGGGGCAAAUCGGCCAGUAAUAGGAACCAAUGCGGUCUCCAUAGAGACCAACAUCCCUCUGCCGGAAGGUGGGCGUAUCCUGUGCCGGGGGACUCAUGUGUAUCUAGGUGACGACAUGCCUGACCCAGGACUGGUACUAACUGGAACCAAGUGCGGCAACAGCAUGAUGUGUCUGAAUCGGCAGUGUCAAAAUGUCAGUGUCUUUGGCGUCCAUGAGUGUGCGGCCAAGUGCAGCGGACGUGGGGUGUGUAAUAAUAAAAAGAAUUGUCACUGUGAGGCACACUGGGCUCCCCCUUUCUGUGAUAAAGCUGGAUUUGGAGGCAGUGUGGACAGCGGACCAGUGAGACAAGCAGAUGGUGAGAGUAUAAAGGUGGGCAUCGUGGUAGCAUUCCUGUGUUUGCUCUUCGUGGCCAUGAUUGUCUGUGUUAAGAGGAAGACUCUGGUCAGCCUCUUCAUCAAUAACAAGAAAAACAACAUUGAGAAGCUAAGGUCAGUGGGCCCAAGCAGGCUGAUCGGUCAAGGAAACACACUCUCAACCCCAGAGACACAAACACACACUACAUGCAGAGCAUCACCUCAUUGUCAAGCUCCAGCCAUACCACAAAGUACCAGCAUAUAUAAGCCUCAGUGUUCUCUCCCGGUGUUGCACUCUGUUGUUGGUGCUCACACUCUCCACGCUCUGCCCCAGUGUCCUCCACUCCACCUGAGCCCACUGUUACCAUUGCCCUUUGCCCCACCCACCCACCGUGCACCUCCACCUCCCCUGCCACACACACCCUCACCUCGCCACAGAGCCCCUCCAGCACUGCACACACACUCCCACCUCCACACUCCAGCACGAGGAGCCUCCCUCCUCACUUUAAGCUGCCAGAACACCUGCAAGAUGGCUAAGGAGUUGGAGAAGCCAAGCCCACCUCAGAAGCCUUUGCCCGCUGACCCGUUAGGACGGAGCUCUCGGCUGGGACGGAGCCCCCUAGCAACACAUCUCCCUGCUCCCAGCUCAGCUCCACCCGUCUUACAGCCCAACAGACUGCCUCCGAAGCAGCCCCCCACACUGCCAAAGCCUCAGUUCUUCACAGGAAUGAAGAAGCCCUGCAGCUGAGACAGAAGCCUGUGAGACCUGUGGUUCAAUCCGUUUUGCACUAUGAAACUCUGCUGGUCCUCAUGAACAGUGUGUCACGGUCAUGACGGCUUGACGGUUCGAUCCCUCGGUGCUACGCCUCCCUCCUUCUCCGGUGCUAUGAGUCAACACUCAGGUACACAUCGUACAUUAUUUAUGUUCGUCAAAAGUAUAUUUAUUUCAACAUUGUUUUGGACAUUUUUUGUAGCAUUAUGCCCUGAAUUUGAUUGGAUUUUGAACUGCGUAAUGAGUCGAAUACUAGCAUGAUUCAGCAGUCCGGAGGGAGGCACUAAAGAGAUAUACUCUAACCUGUGAAAAUAAACUGAAGACUGUAAUGUUGGUGCUUUUUAUGCUAGAACUGGAAAGGGGGAAAGGUUAGAAGGGAACAGAUGUGCUCUGUUGCUGCAUAACAUAAUGUGUCAUAGUCAUAGCAUAAGGUUGACAGACUCAUCUCAGCCCACCAUAUUGUGAAAGUUGUCUGUAAGUUCACCAUACACUUAGAGAGGAAGUAAAACAGCAUCUCCUGUAAGCAGUAAAGACAGCCGUGUGUUCCCUCUUCGGACACCAUGCGCUCUUGUUCAUAUAGACACACCUAUCCUGAACUUGAGAAACUAUAUAUGGAUUUUCAUGGCAGUUAGACAUUAAACAGUAUUAGCUUUGAUUAGUGGAAGUCAUCUUAAAGUAAUACACUGGUGUUUUUCAGUAUAAUCCCUUUCCACUGCAACUGUAGCAUAUGUGUGAUAACCCCAGAGUAGAAUUCCAGUUCGUUUCCUGGCACUGAGAAAAGAACAGAAAACACAUUUAUUAGAAACUUACUUAUAAUGUAAAUCUAAGGGCAGUUGUUGAAUUCUGUCACUAAACAUUUACAGUACUGUGCAAAAGUCUUAGGCACCUUAUUUUCUUAGUACAAACUUUGUUAUAGAUUUUUAUUUUAUGACUUCUACAUUAUAGACUCAGUACAAAAACAUUAGUUUUCCAGCACAAUGUUUGUAUGUCAUAAAGAAAGCAGCAUAUUACAUAAGAGACACUUUUCAGACAAAACAACAUAAUGAAGGCUGCUGGGUUUUGCUGCAAAAAUAAGAAGCAAGUGUGAUAGUCAAAGUCUCUAGAAGAACUGUGGCUGCUUCUGCAAGAUGCUCAGUAACACUUACAGCCAAUUUCCUUAUAAAACUGCACACAUUGUACCUGAGACUACUAUUUUUUUAAUCGAAGGGUCGUCACACCAAAUAUUGACUUUGUUUCAUUUAUUAAUGUUUACUGCUCUUUAUAGCAUUUUUAUUUAAUGUAGAAACAUUUAGUUUCAUUAUUUUUGAAGGCAUCUUUGCAGUACAGCAUUUCUUUGCAUGUGCCUAAGACUUUUGCACAGCAUUUUAUAUCUGUUGAAGUCAAAACAGUAAAAGUUUUAGGAGUUCCGGUUACCACAAAUCUCUUGAGGUAUUUCCGUGCUUAAUGCUGAGCUGCAUUAACUAUAUUGAUAACCACCAAUUUUUUACAGAUUGUUUACAGAUGCCCCAAUAACUGCCCUUACACUUCUAUUAUAAGUACAUUUUGAGUAACUUUUAUUUUUUUUUAUUUUUCUUCUCAGUACAGGGAAAUGUUCUCAGUACAAAGCAGUGUGUUGAAAUUACUGUCUUAAAUACGCUACAGAUGUAGUUAAUAGAGAUUAGGUCAGAAAAAUACCAGUGUAUUCCUUUAAAAUAUUAAAAAAAAAAACUGUUUUUUGAAUGCUUUCUCCCAGUGUGCCUGAACGCUCUGAGAUUCCUCGCUCUCCUCUUAAAUAAAGAGGUCUGCUUCAUUGAUUAUGGUUGAUGAAGGUUACAGGAGGUGACAUUAAGACAUUUGCACAGCAAGACCAGGAAAAUCAGUGAAAGGAUUUGCAGUGUUUUUAGAAUAUGAUCAUAGAAAAACUUGACAUCUGUAGCAAACUGGAGUGUGUACCCCAGGGAACUAUUUCAGCUGUGACAGUGUGUGUUUUCACUGAGCCUACAUUUAUUUGAAAUCUAGACAAUGUAGAGCCUUAUAUUUUUUUUUACUUAGCACGUACCAUCAUGUUUCUGUGUUCUUGCUUGCUUUUGUGUGAAAUAUGUUGUUUUUAAUAAUUAGUGGGUGUCCACAGCAGUCACUAGCAUUUUUUUUUACACUUGCUUAUAAAAUGGAUUACUUCAAGUGAUAUUUUUUGCUAUGUUUUCACUCAUACACAUGUAUAACUAAUACAUCAGUUCAGUUUAUGAUUUAAAAGACAGUCUGAGAAUCUGUGCAAGUCUAGAUUCUUUUUCAGUGGUAAUCAUGGAGCACUAUAGUAUGUUCAUGUAUAAUCAUGUUGCUUGUCUUGUUAUGCAGUCUGUAUUUCUGUAGUCACUUUUUACCAUUUUGUAACCAUACACUUGUAUCUGUAUUUCUACACCGAAAAAAAAUAUAAUACUCACUUUCUUUAUUCUGCUCAGUGACUGCGAACACAAACACAUUUUGUACAAUGACUCUUUGAUAAAUCAUAUGUGUGUGUUGGGGGGUGGGUGGGUGUAAAUAUCAGUGUUUUGAUUACGAAUUAUGGACCAGUGUUAAGUAAAGUUGUCUAUGAAAAUGAUUUGUGUUGCACUGAGUCAGUUUUUGCUUUUGCAGUUUGUCAUCUCCAUCUACUGGUCUCUCCUCCAUUAAUAAAUGGAAGAUAUUCUGAAAUAAA